AUGCAGAGGCCGCAAAGUCAGGUGGGGAUUGAGGGCCCAUGUGCAUCUCAUCAGCCAGCAGCUAUGACCAUGACCGUGCAGGUGAGUGGCGCAGAGUUCAAGCUGGUUUCCCGGGCAGCCUUUCUGCCAAACCCAGAGAGGGCCGAAGUGUGUUCUUGUCCGUCUGUUGUCCGUCCCGCAGUUCCAGCGAACGGAACCGCUACCUUGUGGUUGUUAACCAGGCUCUGCGAUCGCAUCUAUCCGCUGAUUCCGUCUGACAUCUCGAUCAACCUCCGCGACCUCAAUUUCACUGCUAAUGCCUGGUUCCGGUCGCAGAUUUCCAUGCCGACUCCUGCCAACCCGCAGCGCCCCUCCAACCGUGGGGGAGGCACCAGAACAUCCCCGACCAAGAAACCGCUCGACAUUGGAGUACCCCUGGGCAUUUACGAUACAAAUUCAGUGCGAGCAAAGGGGGGCGGGGUAAUCACAGCCAAUGAUGGGGAGAAUUCAACAGCCGAUACCAACCCCAAAGUUGUCGAAGAUAAGGGAUCCGGUAGUUCCAAUGGCUCCGGAACGAGGAAACGCAGCAAAAGCACGCCUCGCAAACGACUGAACCGAACCCCUACCCAAACGCCUUCUUCCAGGCUCCCUCCGCCAAAACGCAUUGCCGAGUAUACCACAAAUGACCGUCUACGUUCUCCGCAGGGUGAUGAGGCGGAAGGUGCGCGGGAGGAUACAAUAUUGCCCUCUCCGGCUGCUAUAGCAUCCGACCUCGCGACAAGAGAACGGAGAAAAUCGAGGGCAUCUCGAGAUGCCGAGGAGGAGAGUGCGUCUCACAAUGGUUCUUCCAAGUCCAUUUCGCGACCUGCAACCGCCGACAAAACCCAUAGUGCAAAGACAAGGGACGGAGGACUGUACGAAGACUCCGAGCGACUACCCCGGGGUGCUGCACCUAGAGGCCGGGGAACGGUGAAGCCCCCCAAAGGCGGCAUAUUCUCCCAUAUGCUCGAUGAAUCAAAGAAGAUGUUCGCUAAACCGGAACCUCCGAAACCUAACCGAGGCGCUAAAAUAGAAGCAUGGCUUUCAGAGACGCCCGACCCGUUCGUGGAGGACAUGGAGCCCGAUAAGAAGGAUGCCGUGAAACAAGAGGAUCCUCCCCUUGCGAGCGAAACAUCGAAGAAGGAUGCUCCGCCAGCGCAGAGGAAAGAAGGCCCAACUACAAGCGAACAAUCAAAGACAGCUGAACAGAAAGCAGAGCCCAAGAAGGACAGCGCUACUUCGGACAAACACAAGUCACCUAUAGAACGUGAGGAGAAACCGCGGUCAUCCGGCGCCGAUAAGCUACCCGUUGGCAAACGACCCCAGACUGAGUCCCAACAGUUGUCAGAGGGUUCCGAAGUGUCUGCGAAUAAUGCACCGCCAUUUCCCACGACAGGGGCCCAUCCCCUCUCGACAAUCGCGUCUGUUGAAUCUAUGAGCACAACGAAGAAUGCUACAGGAUCAGGACAGGAUGCCGCAUCGGAAAAACGGGAGGCAGAGGACCAAUUUGACCCCAACUCACUUCCUGCAAUAUCCUCCCAGUUAAAGAGGCGCCUCACUACUCAUGAUGACUUGAUAUCGGUCCUAUCUGCUCCAAGUGGCCGGAGUAGAAGCCUUCGUCGCAUCACUACAGAAAACAUUCCUGACCUUUUAAAGGAGUUGGCUGCUGACGAGACCUUGGUCGGUGGUGUUAUUCCAGUCCUCUUGACAUGUGUGCUAUCAAAGUCCGAUUCUGCCAUUGCGGCUGGACUCUUUCGACCUUCUGCCGAUCCAAAGGAUGAGGUGAAUUUCAGCAAGCCCAUAGUUGACAUGGGAACGCUGCACAAGCGCAUUCCGCAGGAUGAUAGAGUACUGGGGUUUAAAGACGUCAUUGUCAACCUUGCGCCUCUUGAAGAAGGCGAGGCAGGCGACAAUACUGACACAAAGAGUCUGGAUGAGGGCAUGGCAAGGGAUGAGAACGGCGAUGUGGUGGAUAGUGAUGGUGAGAAGGUUGACGUGGCUUACCUUCUAAAGCGACCUCUCACCUUCAAAGGAAUCAAGACCAUUCAGCCAUCUCCCAAGGCCGAGGAUGUUGCUGCGGUGUAUCAGAGCCUUGUGACAGACGCCCGCCGCCGGGCGCGCGAGGAGAGAGCUAGGCUUGAGGAUGAAUCUGCUGCCAACGUUGACGCUACGCGUGCCAGAGAUCCUGCCACCCUGGGUGCACUUCCUGGAGUUACUGUUGACAGAAGCCGAAGAGUCCGGGCCCGCGAUUUCUUCAAUCUUUCCUUGUACCACACAACUGGCCAGAUCAUUGACUGCCGCGCAGAGCUCCUCUUAAGAGACGGAGUUGCUGGGAAUAAGGCAGGCGGAGAUCUACUAAUCUGCGAAAUUGAUCAUACAGAUCGUUGGUUGCUAUUCCCUCCCAUCGAGGUUGGCCGUGUCUCUGCUCGCAACGGCGACGUGAAGGGCGAGAUCGUGGUCAUGCUACGCAGUGGCCCGAACCAUACCAAAUCCUGGCAAGAACUGCUUGUGCUUCAAAUUGAUGAAGAGGAUAUUGGAUUUGAAUGGGUUCAGAUGCUGGGCUCGAAUCCUCUCCCACCGGCUAUCUGUAGAACCCAGAGCUUCAUUGACAGGACCAAGCGCCAACGAGCAAAAACCAUAUCCUCAGCCAACGAAGCCUCUCAGGCACAAAAAGCCCCACCAAGUCCUUCAAAUGUCAAUGUUCCUAUCGGAGAGAAGCCUACUUCUCGUACCUUGCGUCGAUCCUUGACCCCUAAGGACCAUCUUUCAGACCCAAGUACCGUGAGCUCCUGGAUCAGUGAGGCCCGUACUUCACUGCAAAGUGCAGUAACUCCAGAAUCGGACUAUGCUAUUGGUGAUGAGUUAUCGAUCAAGUCCCCGCCUCCGCAAUCUAUAUUGCAUGCCAGGGAACCCCGAAAAAGCUUCACGGCCGAUGAUAGACCUUCCCCCGCCCUCAAACGGACAAAGGCCAAGAGGGUCAACAGAAAUGGAGAGAUCAUUCCUUCUAGCCCUACCACACCAACAGACUCAAGCUUGGAUCGAGGAGUCCAUCCAGUCCACGAGGAAGCCAAACGCUCAGAAGAGAAGAAACCCAAGCAGCAGCAGCAGCAGAACCCGAAAACUCCAACGAAGAGUACCCCUGAACAGAGUUCUCCCCGAGUGUCUUCCGUGCCGUCAAUGGAUCUUCCUCUAAUCCCGAAACUCAGAAAGGGCAGCAGUCAGACAUACAUCUCGGACUCUUUGGCGUCCACCGAGGACGACGAUUUUCCUCCUGUGGAAUAUGAUGACGUCCCCGAAACUCCUAGCAAGCACAAGAAUCAUUCUCGCCAGCACUCGGGAUCGGACCAGGUUGACGAAGAUGAGUCCCCUCCACCUCCGCCGACUCAUUCUCGGUCACCGAGUUCCAUUGGCUCCAGCCUACCAAAUACCCCUGUGCUUAGCCCUAGUGGUGUGCGGACUAGACGCCGUGGCUCCUCGCCCCUAAAGCAUGAAUAUGAACCGUCUACUGCUUCGGAUUCGUACUCAGAUUCUGAUACAUCCACUGUGCGUCGAUAUGAAGUGCAUUCGGGCUCCGAGUAUUCGGACACGGACAGCUCGGAUGAGUCAGGGGAUGAGCACGCAUCACUGCCACCGUUCGAAGCUCCUACCAAGCCAAAGGCCCAGGCUCCAGAAACCACGUCCGCUAGUAGCUCUCUGUCACUGUCCAACUCGGCCUCUCAGGGCGGAUAUAGAUCCGUUCCUUCGCAACCGAGCAAGUCGUCCACAGUGAUUGCAUCGGUCUUCGCCUGGUCAGAGAAGGGCUCAUGGGAUAGCAUCUUCCCCGAUGAUUGCAAGGUCAUAGUCAGUCCUGGGCUCAUCGAAGCAUAUGACGUGGGUAAUGCACCAGCCGGGAAGGAGGAAGAUGACAGCAACACGAAGAAAGCACGCCCGCUGAUUGCCCUUGAGCUCACACCCCUUGUGCCUAUCCGUCGCGGCACAGCCAUUGACAUAAGUAUUCGCUCCCCUCCGACCAAAAGGUCCAAGAUCAAUUGGAGCAACAACAUCAUGUUUCGAUCUCGAAACGCCGACGAUUGCGAAUUCCUAUACGGCCUCAUCAACCAAGCGCGUAUCAACAACCCAACCUACAUAGCCCUACAGAAUGCCCGAGGACCUCACGCAGAGCAGCCAGCGCCCGUGGAAUCACCAACGAAGAAUGGUGGGUUGUUCGGCUGGCCACGACGCAGGCGAAGCUACCGUGCAUCUAUUUCCCCACGGUCGGUUGCCGACCACUCUGAGAGUAGCGUAGGAACUAUGAGCAGUGCAUUCUCAGCACUGAAGCGGUUCGGAGGGGGAAGCAAGAUGUUUAACAUCUCUCGUUCCUCGCUUACCUCUCGCGAUGGGCAGAAUGAAGACAGCUUGUACUCAAGCUCCAUUGGUUCCGGAUCGAAUGCCUCUCCCUCAUCCGGCAUUGGUCGUAUCGCAGCCGCCAUCAAAGGUAGUGAUGGUAUUGGUCUGUCCAACGCCAAGAUUCGACUUUACUUGCGUGAAACUCAAUCCAAGUGGCGCGAUAUGGGUGCUGCAAGACUAACGAUUAUGCCUGCGCCCUCAGCACCUCGUGCUCCUGAUACGGCCAGUGGGCGCGGAGAUGCCAGCAGCGUUGCAGAAGGAGCCGAAGAUACUUCCCCAGCAUCUGGAUCCGGUUCUCCCCGACGCGGAGCGGAGCCCGAGAAACGCAUUCUUGUCCGAGGCAAGACUCGCGGCGAGGUCCUCCUUGACGUCUGCCUAGGCGAAAGCUCUUUCGAGCGUGUUGCUCGAACCGGUAUCGCCGUGUCCGUCUGGGAGGAAAACGAAGGCGGAGCUAUGCCCAAGAAGGGCGGUGUUACUGUCGGUAGCUCCAAGAUCUAUAUGAUCCAGAUGAAGAGUGAAGCCGAAGCAGCAUACACCUUCGGACUUGUCGGGAAGCCCAAAUACUAA